AUGCGAGUAACAGGGAAAGCGAUGCCAACUUUCUAUUAUGGUUUUGUAAGUUUGGACUGUGGAGGUACAACAAAAUUCACCGAUGAAAUUGGUCUUCAGUGGACUCCUGAUGAUAAGCUUACUUAUGGAACAAUUAGUACUGUAUCAGUUGCAAAUGAAACACGGAAGCAAUACACGACACUUCGACAUUUUCCUGCUGAUUCCAGGAAAUACUGCUACACACUUGAUGUUGUGAGUAGGACGAGGUAUCUACUUAGGGCCUCUUUCUUGUAUGGGAACUUUGACAAUAACAAUGUUUAUCCAAAAUUUGACAUUUCUGUUGGGGCUACACACUGGUCUACUAUUGUUAUAUCGGAUGCCAACAGUAUAGAAAUGCGAGAGCUUAUAUUUUUGGCUUCAACUCCUACAGUGACUGUUUGCUUAUCAAAUGCAACAACCGGACAACCAUUCAUAUCUACGCUUGAACUUCGCCAAUUCAAUGGUUCAAUUUAUUAUACACAAUUCGAGGAACAUUUUUACCUUAGUGUAUCUGCAAGGAUAAAUUUUGGUGCAGAGAGUGAUGCUCCAAUUAGGUACCUUAAGCCAUUCGACAUGCUACUUUGUAAUGUGUUCUGGUACCCUGAUGACCCUUUUGAUAGAAUUUGGGAGUCGGAUUCUGUGAAGAAAGCUAAUUAUCUUGUAGAUGUUGCUGCUGGAACUGAUAAAAUUUCUACAAAAGCACCAAUUGAUGUUAACAGAGAUGAAAUGCCACCAGUGAAAGUGAUGCAGACAGCUGUAGUGGGUACUAAUGGUUCUCUAACUUACCGAUUAAACUUGGAUGGUUUUCCUGGUACUGGUUGGGCAUUCACCUAUUUUGCAGAGAUUGAAGAUUUGGGUCCCAAUGAGUCCAGAAAAUUCAGGCUAGUACUUCCAGGCCAGCCUGAUAUUAGCAAGGCUGUUGUGAAUAUUGAAGAAAACGCUCAAGGGAAAUAUCGCCUUUAUGAACCAGGAUUUACCAAUAUAUCCCUACCUUUUGUGCUCUCUUUUAGAUUUGGCAAGACAUAUGAUUCCUCUAGGGGACCUCUCCUAAAUGCCAUGGAGAUAAACAUGUAUUUGGAGAAAAAUGAUGGCUCUCUAGAUGGUUAG